CGCCCCUUCAGUCACACGCCAACAUGGCGACGCGCGGAAGUAUGUGGCGAAGCAGAAGAAUUAUUUGUGACCUUUUUCUGAUUAUUUUUCUCCAGCUCUUGGUGACCAGCUGUCUGUCGGCUUCUUUGAAUGGAAAUCUUACGAAAGCAGUGCCACCAGUCAGUCCAACUCAAAAUCUCAAUUUGACCGCUCCAAACAGAGAAGCAGCUGAGACACAGUCUGCAUCAGCUGGUCAGAAUCAAGCAGCUGCAAAUGUUUCCAAGGGCCCCGUAAUUCCUGAUAGCAACAACUACACUACAGCAAAGCCAAAAGUUCCUGAAGUAAACCACACCACAGCUGUUGUUCCAAAAUCAAGUAAUGAUGACACUGAAGUCUUCGAUAGCUCUCCAGACAUGAAGGACGGCACAAAACCAGACAGAACAGGCAACACCAAGAAACCAGCUUCUGAAACUACUGUUCACUCCUCUCCAGAAAAGUCCACCGCCACUGUCAAAGCUGCUGAAGCAACAAAAGCUGCAACGGACGAGCCAUAUAUAACUGACUUUAACACUGAGAACACACUGACCCCAAGUAUAGACGAGCAUAAUCAAGACCUGCUGACCACCGAUGUUAGUGAGCCUGAAGGUGGUGAUGCUGAUGCUGAUGAUGAUGCUGAUGCUGAUGAUGAUGAAGACAGCUACACUGGUGGAGAUGUAUAUAGUGAGGUCCCAGAGAAGAACAGGAAGCAGCCCAGUGAGGGGGAUGUGACUCGUUACAAGGAGAGCGCAGAGGAUGAGGACUCCCACUUCUUCUUUCAUCUGGUCAUCCUGGCUUUCCUGGUGGCCAUCGUCUACAUCACAUAUCACAACAAGAGGAAGAUCUACCUCUUGGUACAGAGUCGGCGCUGGAAGGAGGGUCUAUGUUCCCGCAACACUGUGGAGUAUCACCGUUUGGACCAGAAUGUCAAUGAGGCCAUGCCGUCCCUCAAGAUGACCCGAGACUACAUUUUUUGAUCCAGAGGAACAAUAUAUCUAGGCCUAUGCAGAGCCGGUUCUGGGUCAAUCAUAGUUGAGAUGCUGUGCUUUGUUAUGGAGCUUGAUUGAUGCUUUCUCUUGCUUUACAGGCCAAUAGGAAAUCAGGGGAUGCUGUAUUUGGGAUAACUUUUUUAAAGACCUUUUUUGGUUGCCUGAAGAGAUACUUCCAUUAAUCUGUUGUUCUUAUUAGUUAUAAUAGUUUUAAUUAUAUUAGGUUAAUAACUUGGGAUUUAUUAGGAUUUUUUUUUUUUUUUUAAGGUUAUUCAGCCUUAAAUUUCCUUUACACCCAAUUUUGUUUUGUGUCUUACAUAUUGUCUUAAUAUUUCUAAUACUCAGUUUAAGAGUUGAAAAAAAAUUACACAUUAAUUUAACUAAGGCUGUAAUGUGAUGUUCAACUAAUAGAAGAAUUGAGUAUGCAUCCUGAGAUUACUGUAUUUACACCUAAAUAAUUGCAGUUGAAAGCGCUCUCAUGACUACCUUUCAUAUUUUAGAAGUACGCAAAAAAAAAAAAAAAAAAGUGCAAUGAAGCAGAAACUGUGAAACACGUUCCUGUAUAUUCAGAGUCAUUCCAUAAAACCUCUCUUCUAAAUCAUGUCAGUUUGACGUAAAGAGGCAAGUAAAGUACUGUAAAUGGAAAAACACUGGGGGCAAUCCUUUAAAUUACGUAUUUUUUUGUAUAGAAAUAAUCAGGCAAAAUAUUUAGUUUUUUUUUUUUUUUAUUAUAUAGGUGGAGAAAUAUAGUUUUCAUUGGAGAUUAAAAACAAGCUUUUUACAAUCACUUUAUUACCAAUCUUUCUGCUUACAAGUAGCAGCAUUUACAUUAUUUUUCAAAUUUUUGCAUAAAUUUCGGCCACCUUGGCUACACAUUAAGCAUUAACUUGAGGGGGGUGGGGUGGGGGGGGUGCUAUGCCUCAGGUGAGACAGUUCCAUGUGUUUAAGCCAUUUAAAUAAGAAUGGAUGUGUGUAUCGUUCCGAGGAGAAGGUACUAAUAUAUAUGGAAAAAACCUAUUGCCAGAUUUUUUUUUUCUUGAUCACUUUAUGUUUAACUUGUCUUAAUAACAUACUUGUUUUACUUCUACUGCCCAGAUUUUGCUGUGUGGAAAUUCUGGGGCUGGCCCUCUUUUUUUUUUUUUUUUUUUAUGACUUUGGUGAAGUCUCUGUCAAACCCAUCUGCACUGGAACGACAAUGUUCCCUUGUGUUCCUGGAGAACUUUUCAGUUUCCUCCCCUCGUGUCAGGGUAUUUUGGUGGAAUUAAGUUCAUCAGAAAUUCUGAACCCUCCCUUUGACCUGUUCACAAAAGCGAAAAAUACACCAUGUUAUUUUUUUUUUUCUUUCCUAUGCGUCACAGUUGCAUGUUUUUUUUGUCUCUUGCUGUCUCAUGCCUUCAAUUGAGAUGCCACGACUGCCACUUGAGUCUGCAAAUGUAUCAAUCUCGUGUCGCCUUCUGUCAGUUGUUUUCAGCUGGUUUGUGCAUAUACAGGUGAGAUGCGGAUAUAUAUAGAUUUGCACUGUGCCAUUCAGGUAUGCUAGCUAGAAUAUAACGAAGUGAAGAAUUGUUACUGGUCUCCCAAUCAAUAGUAGAAACUACAAUCUCUCUUUUUUUUGGUCAAUAAAGCACAAAUUGUGUAAAUCC